AUGAGACUCAUCAAUACCACAACCCUAGAGAUCGAAGAGUUCUUUGACAUCUCCAUACCUGAAUAUGCCAUCUUAUCGCAUACAUGGGGCGACGGCGAAGUGUCCCUGCAGGACUGGGCUGACCGUAAAAACCGCCGCUUCAAACCUGGUUUCCAGAAGAUCAUGUGGGCUUGCACCCAAGCUGCCAAAGACAAACUCGAUUACGUUUGGGUAGACACCAACUGCAUUGAUAAGAGCAGCUCAGCAGAGCUCUCAGAAGCAAUCAACUCCAUGUUCAAGUGGUACCGGCGGUCCACCAUCUGCUACGUAUACCUGAAGGACGUGCCGGCCAUGACCCUGGAUCAGUGUAUUGAACCCGACAGUGCCUUUAGAAACGCAAGGUGGUUUACCCGAGGCUGGACUCUUCAGGAGUUAAUCGCAUCGCCAAACAUCAACUUCUUCUCCAACGACUGGACGCCGAUAGCUACAAAGCCAGAACUGGCGCUUUGCAUCUCCGAGAUCACCGGCAUCGCGUGGUCAUGCCUCCUCAAGGGCAGACUCUCCAAGUCCCACCCACUAAGGAGAUACAGCGUGGCCCAGCGACUGGCAUGGGCAUCUCGCCGCUCGACGACGCGCAUCGAGGACCAGGCUUACUCGCUUCUUGGGCUCUUUGACAUCGCAAUGCCGCUCGUUUACGGAGAGGGCCAUGAAGCUUUCACCAGACUUCUUGGAGAAAUCAUCCACAAAUAUGCCGACCACAGCUUCUUUGCAUCUCAGCUGCGAUACCGCCUCGCCACAGCUACAGAAGCAUUACAUCCCCGGGGACCACUCGUAUCCGUUCCAUCUGACCAACACUGGCUUACAGAUCACUCUGCCCAUUGUGACCACGUUGGUGCCUCACUUUGUGUUUGGUGUUCUGGACUGCUGGGACGUUGA